AUGGACACACCACCAGAGGCCCCCUACUGCCGCUACAACUACAAACUUGGUACCCCGUUCAGCGUGGAGAGGAGAGUGCCCCCCAGCGUGUCCAUCCCGCUGGUGCCGUCGAGCUCCCAGCCCGGCCCCGGCCACCUGCUCUGCUCCAUGAUGGAUUUCUACCCUGCUCCGGUGCAGGUGAGGUGGUUCCAGGAUGGGCAGGAGCUGCCGGAGCACGUGGUGGCCACCGACGUGGUCCCCAACGGGGACUGGAGCUGCCAGGUGCUGGUGCUGCUGGAAAUCCCCCCCCGGCGCGGGGUCACCUACAGCUGCCAGGUGGAGCACGUCAGCCUGGAGCACCCCCUCAGCCGGCACUGGGAGAUGCCACCGGACACCGUCCGCAGCAAGAUCCUGGUGGGGGUCGGGGGCUUCGUCUUGGGCUUGGUCUUCCUGGCGCUGGGGCUCGGCUUCUACCUGCAGGAGAAGAGCUCCUGA